AUGGCUGGCGCAAACAAGAAGAUGUUCGGGCUCUCCCACGUGGUGCCCGUCAUCACCCCUCUAGUGAUCGGCUCUGCUGGAUAUGCUGCCUAUCGAGUCAAUUGGGGCCCCUUGAUCAAGGCCUUCCUCACAGGACCUGGCCGGUCAUCGCGGAUUUUACUCCUGCUCUUUGUCAUAUUCAACUGGAAGAGCAUGCCUUUUGCUUGGACUUACCGAGUCUUCUACGUUAUCUUCUACCACAGCCUUUGGCGCAAAUCUCCAAUCCUCGGGCCCGAUGCUCUCUUCAAACCUAUCAUCUCCACAUCGCACGCGCCUCUUCUCGAAAUAGACUACAACAUACACAAGUCCAACUCGACCUACUUCGCCGACCUGGACGUUUCGAGGUCGCACCUGGUAACAUACCUCUGCCGUAGUUCAUAUGCCACCCUCUCGCAAAACACAAAGACCAAACUUGUCCUAGACCCCAAGACAGACCUUCCCAUCAAGGGCCAGGUGAGCAUCAUACUUGGUGCCGUCGAGUGCAGCUUUAAGCGUGAGAUUCCUGCGUACACGAGCUUCGAGAUGUGGAGUCGUAUUCUCUGCUGGGAUCGCAAGUGGUUGUAUAUCGUUACACACUAUGUCCCCAAGGGAACUGCUAAGCCGACUUCGUGGCUCGAUCCUACGUUCAAGGCUCCAGUAAGAGGUCCACAGGACCGAACUGGUGGCUGGGAGAGGAGGAUAUAUGCGACGGCGAUUAGCAAGUAUGUCUUCAAGCUGGGUCGCUUCACUGUGAACCCAGCCAUUGUCCUUGGUGGCGCUUCUUCUCUUCUGCCCCAGCGACCUGGAGGUUGGACCAGUGGUGAGGAGCAGGUCGGUGAUCUCUCUGUUGAUCUCUCUGAUGUGGAUCUGGAUGUUCCAGGGGAAUGGGACUGGCGACGUGUUGAAGCACAGAGACGCAAAGGCUUUGAGUACGCAAAGCACUUCCAAGAACUUGACAAGCUGCAUGAUUUGUUCGACGGUGGCAGUGAGGGCGCUCUGGGCAGAUUCUCUCCUUAG